AUGGCUGCAUUUGUAAGUGAAUGUCCUGACGAGCAGGAGAUGCGGCGUAACCUGCUGGAGGAAUUCCGAUCAGUUACUUUAUCACAGGCGUACCACAAAAUUUGGUUUACCUUAUGCAAAGGAUUGAAUGAAGGCAGUAGAAGGUUUCCCGACCAAUACAUAGACACAUGUAGUAAACUGUGGGACCUACUGACCCAGUCAGAGAUACCAUCACCAGUGCGCAUCAUGGACUUCGGAGGAGGAACGGGAGAAACAACGGAGCCCAUAUUCAGAAAAAUGGAAGCCCUUAAUAAGCAAAUGUUCAUUAGCGUGGAGGAGCCACACGAGGAUUAUCUGAGAAAAUACAAGGAGAUAAUAAAUAACAUAAGCAAGGCCAGUAUUGAUAUUACCUAUUCCGGGCCAUUUCAAGACUACUAUGGGCAUUCUGUAGAAGAUUUGAGGGCCAAGAAAGCCUAUCCACAACACCUACAGGACACGGUGCUAGCACUACACGUCCUAUAUCAUCUGACAAGUAUCUUCGAUGAUCCAUUUGAUCCAUACGAGAAUAUGAAGCAAGCCAUCUUUGCAAUGUAUGCCAUUCUUAAACCAGGAGGGCAGAUGGUUAUAGUAUUAGCUAACCACGCAGUAAAUAUAAUUGGAUCCGCGUCUUUGAAGUGUUUCGAGGUUCUGUUUCCACAUACGUUGGGAAAUCAGAAGUUGCUUUUUGAAGUCUGGCAAAAUCUUCUGUUUGAUGGUGGUAUUGCAGACGUACUAGAUGCUUCGUUUCCAAAGUUUAGGGCAAUAGUCCAACAAGAAAACGUAGUCGACCACGUUGUUUUGCCGACCCUGGCAGAGGUUGGAAUCGCUGCUUCUAUAUGUUGUUUACUUGGGUUAUGUGCAGACAAGUCUCCAUUCGAUCAACGUGUUGUCCAGUUCUGCAUGGAUUACGUGAAGACUGACGGAUAUAAACAUGGCCUGUACCUUGACAGUGAGGGGAUGUGGGUCUUUCCAAUGAAAACUUAUUACAUUACUAUCCAAAAAGUCGCAAUUGAGUAA